AUGCCUCAUCGCUGCGCUUUUGGAUGUAAAAACACCAACAGUGGUGUGGUGAUGCAUAUGUUUCCAAAUCCAAAAAGAUUUCCUGAGCACUUCCAUGCAUGGGUAAGUCUUCUUGGAGGAAAGUUUGGAAAAUUAUCAGAUCAUGAAAUCUACUUAAGAAAGAGGAUUUGUGAUAUACAUUUCACUGAUGCACAUAAAAAUCGGUAUAAGCGCCUCAAUGCAUUAGCAAUGCCAACAUUGUAUCUACCAGGUAACAUCGGCAAAAUCACCAAAAUAGCUAAUAGUGGUAUUAGUGGUUCUGAACCUGCCAUUCCAGCUGUGAUACCUCCACUUCAUGAUACAAAUACAGGUGAACCAAACCACAUACCAUCGACAGCAGCUGUAUUGUCAGAACACAAUUACAGUGCUAUAAGCAGAACCAGUAGGAAUAUGUUGUCUAAAGCUGUGCCGCUUAACUAUCAAUGCAUGCAGAUGAAACCACUUCAUUAUAAGAUGAAAAUCAUGCAUAAUAAGAUAUGUUGUUUGCGAAAAAAAGUACAAUGUUUUAAGGAAAGAUUUGCUGCUACUCAAAAACUGUGCAACAAUCUGGCUUUCAGACAUGUCACAAAAAAUAUGACAAAAGCGGCACAACUUUUUGCUCACAUGCAGCUACAGAGCACCAAGAAGCCCAAAGAAACUGUACGAGAAAAAGAGGUGAGCGAUCGGCUCUGCACGCUCAUCUUUGAUGAAAUGUCAAUUACUCCACAAAUAAUGUAUAAUGCGCAGAAAGAUACACUUGAAGGUUUUGCUUCAAAUAAAGAAUCUGCAUUUGCUGAUCACGUCCUAGUGUUCAUGGUCAAGGGAGUUAUAAGUAAUUUUAAGCAGCCAGUAGCAUAUUACUUUACUAAUAGUUUAAAUAAGAUAACACUUAAAAAUAUCAUUAAAAGUGUCAUUGAGCACACACUUGAGACUGGGCUUAUCAUUACAAGUACAGUAUGCGAUCAAAGCCCAGUUAAUGUUGGAGCGAUUACUGAAUUAAUUAAUGAAACAAGAGCUUCAUACUUGCGGCGCAACAAAAAUUGGAAUAAAGACAUGUUCCGUGUUAAAAAUCAAAAUAUAAUUCCAUUAUAUGAUACUCCACAUCUAAUAAAAGGAAUCAGAAAUAAUAUAAUCACAAAAGAUUUAAUAUAUACCAUAGAUGGCCAAGAAAAAAUUAUCAAGUGGGAAUAUUUCCAAUUAGUGUAUAAUGCAGACAAGUCUUACAAAGAGUUGCGUCUCCUCAAUAAAUUAACUGAAGCACAUGUGAUUCCCGAAAAAAUUAAUAAAAUGCGGGUCAAAUCAGCAACACAGUUAUUUAGUCACAGUGUUGCUGUAGUGACUGAACAUUUAACAGCAAGAGGUGACCUUCCUAAUGAAUGCCGACAAUUAAUAGAUUUUAUUUUGUUACUUGAUAAUCUGUUUGAUUCAUUAAAUGUUAGCAGUUUAUCUGUUGAAAAUGGUAAAAUUUAUAAAGGGCCUAUUAAACGCAAUUCACCUCAUCAUCAAUUAUGGCAAAAAGCUAAAGAAAUAUUAAAAACCACAAAAUAUAUUAAGAAAGUUAGAUUUGGAGAUAAAACACGAUUGACAGAAACUAUUGCACCAUCUAUAACAAAUUUAAUUAAAACUGUAGAGGGUAUAGAAUCUCUUUGGAAGUUAUUGUCUAGAAAAUAUGGCAUUGAUGCAAUGUUGACAAGAAAUUUCAACCAAGACCCUAUAGAAAACUUUUUCGGGAAUAUCAGGAGUUAUGGUGUUAGAAACAUUGCUCCAAAUACUGUCUCAUUUGAGGGGGCCUUCAAGGCUUUGAUGAUAAAUAAUUAUAGUGAGCCCCAUUCAAGUGGAGCAAAUUGUGAAGAAGAUCACAAUGAGUGUCUUCAAAGUUUGGACUUCUUCCUUAAAGAUAAGAACAUAAUAACUCCUGAUAUCCCUGAUACUAAUGAUACUAUUCAUUUUAACAGUGAAAUUUGCUUUGACCAAUCCAAUGAAAUUGACGCUGGUCAAAGCAAUUAUGUCUGCGGAUGGGUUUUAAAGAGAUGCCUUAAAUUUAUAAUAAAAGGUUGUCAACAUUGCAAACAAACAUUGUUUGAAAAUGAUAUAUCAAAUGACAAUAAUUCAUAUAUCUAUGCCAAAGAGUACAUGAAUAAAAAAUGGCUGUGCUAUCCUAAUAAAGAAGUGGAAUCGUAUUUCAAAGAAAUCCAGAAUAUGACCACUUCUUUUUUAAAAAAAAAUGUACCCAAAACAGGUUUGAAGAAAAAUAUUGUUUUGUUUCUGGACAUUCUAUCUGAUUGUCCUUUUAAGUGUGUUGAACAUAAAAAUAAAUUAAAAACAUAUUUUAUAAAUAUGACAAUCAAUGUUUUAGUUUAUAGUUGGUGCAGAAGUGUCAAUCGUAUUUUGAGCGGCAAAUUAACUGUUAAAGAUGAAGAUGAUGAGGUCAAAAUUGCAGCCCAAAAUUAUUUUAAUAAGCACAAGAACUAUAAAAAUAGAAAA